AUGUCGCUGCUCUCCGCGCCGCGCCUCCCCGCGCGGCAGCUGCAUGCGACGACGCCCCACCGCUGGACGAACCCGUUCCUGGCGCUUGCGGAUGACAUGGACAGUGCCACGGAGGAGAAGAGCAAACCCAAAACCACGCAGGGGAUGCUGUAUGUGGUCCUCACUCCCUGGCUGGGCUUUGGCAUCUUCUUGCUCAGCUUUCCGGUGCUUUGGUGGAACGAACGGAGGGCCACCGGGCGCCGCGGGAAGCGCGAUCCGCCCGCAGGUUCUGCGACGGUGACCGGCACGGUGGUCAGUGAGAACGAGGAGAAAGGUGAGGUGACGGUGAAAGGCACCGUGCACCAGGAAGAAGGCCAGUCGCUCCUGCGGAACCCCGAGGAAGCCUAUCAGCAGGUGGUCGAGGGCUUCGAGGAUCGUCAGUGCUCCUAUGCCUGCUGCCGCCUGGUACGGCUCUGCUUCGAUUCGAUGCCGAGUUUGGAGGGAGUGGGCGACGUCCGCACCUACUUCUUUCGGGUGUUUGGAGUGCUCAUGAUGUUCACUGGCAUCGACAUGAUGCUGGGCCCCACCUACUUCCUCCUCCGUGGCAUGUGGUUCUUCGGUUUCCUCAUCGCAGCGCAUCUCGCGUUCUGCGCGUGUAAGACCAGUUUUGGGCAGCUGUUGCACCAUCCUGACCUCCUAUGUGCUGCACCGCCCUGGGGUGAUGGCUGCACUGGUGCUGACGUUUGUGGGCAUCAGCGGUCUGGGGAUCUACUACAACGCACCCUCGAUCGAAGACCGCUCGCUCUCGCCGCUCUCGGGACCUUUAGGUCCACUGCUCGAUCCCGAUUCUGCUCGAAGCAAGCAGAGCGCCGAACACCGAUCAGGUCGAGCGCCCAAAUUCAAUGCGCGCGCGGUUCUCUCGUGGGCCUCGCGGGCCUCGCGAACGACGAGCUUCGACAGCUCUUCGGGAAGUUGGAUCCUCAUGGCACCGGCCUCCUCUCCGAGGUGCAGGUGGAUUUGGCCUUGCAGUCCGUUGGGAUGCAUCUGCCGCAUGAGUACUCGGGCCUGGUGGCUUUUCAUCUCUUUGACUUUGACCUGAGUGGCAGCAUCGAUUUCCUCGAAUUCCUCCACAUGAUCGGCAUGGCGUGGCGUCAGGAGGGGCCCUUCAAACAGUUGGAGGGCUUCCCGGUCACGAGCCUCGGCAAGUUGGAGCGUUGCGACCUGAUGCUGCUCCUCUGCAUCUUCCGUGCUCGGGACACCCAGCUGGCUAGAAGCUGGCUAAGUGAGUCCGCUAGAAGUGGCUCGUGGUGGCGAGCUGCGGGCUGCGGAGGAGAAGAUUUGCCGCGAUGCAUUGCUCCGACCGAGAGGAAGGAGCACUUGGGCAAGCUCGUUCUCAGUCAAGGGCGUGUCGCCAGCUGGGAUGAGCUGGAGAAGUUGUGGCGUGACACCUACCACCAGCUCCGGCUAUUGCCUCAUCAACAUCCGGUGCUUUUGACUGAUGCGCCCUUGACUCCAAAGGAGGACAGGGAGCGCAUCACUCAGAUCAUGUUUGAGAGCUUCAAUGUGCCUGCCAUGUACCUGGCCUGCACCGGCGCGCUCUCCUUGUAUGCCGCCGGCCGCACCACAGGUAUCGCGCUGGAGCUGGGCCAUGGGAGCAGUUGUGCCAUGCCCGUCUACGAAGGCCAAAACCUUCAGGACUAUGCCAAGCGUUCCGACGUGGCGGGAAAGCAGGUCACUGAGAGCUUGGCGCGGAUGCUGGCCACCCGUGGUAUUGCCUUCGGCAUGGAACAGCGCGACAUCGUGCGCGACAUCAAGGAGAAGGUCUGCUCGGUGGUCUUGGACCAGGCCUCCUUGCGCGCGGACGUGGGGCGUCACUUCGAGCUCCCCGACGGCGCAGUCGUCAGCUUGGGCGAUGAGAUCCACCGAGGGCCCGAGCUGCUCUUCAAACCGCAGGCCUUUGGGACGAGAUCACUGGGCAUUCACGAGAUCACCUGGCAAAGUCUUCAGAGUUUGGACCUCGAUGUGCGACAGGAGUUGAGCUCGAAUGUGGUGCUGAGCGGGGGCACCUCGUUGCUUCCGCAGCUGCCGCAGCGGCUGACGCGGGAGUUGGAGCAGCUGAUGCCGGAGCUCCCCGUGAAGGUGGUGGCCAACCACGAGCGGAAGUAUGGAGUUUACCUUGGAGCCUCCAUCUUGUCGUCCCUUGGGACCUUUCAGCAGAAUUUGAUCUCCUCGGCCGACUACGAAGAGAUGGGCCCGUGCAUUGUCCACCGAAGAUGUGCGUGA